UAACAGGUCGUAUCCUUGAUCGCCGCGCCUUGAGGCAUUACUUAUUUGCUGUUGUGUUGACUUUGAGCGCUAAGCACACCGUGUGACACAACGUUGAAAGCCAGGAAGUCGAAGGACUACUUUCAUUCGUCUACCGUUUGAUCGCAGACAUGCAGGUGAGUGGUGUAUGCACCCCAAGACUUGCCAGUACUAGUGGCAACUUGAAGUACACGACAUUCGGACACUCGCCACAUCAAAGAUGUAGCAUAAUAAGAUAUCGUCCUGCAGAGAUAUCAAGUUGCCGUGGGUCGAAAAAAGGCGCGCGGUUUAUCACUGGCUUCAAAGACUUGCAAGGAAGUCGAGACACGAUUCGAAUCGAAUGAGAUAAUACGUCGCAUUAUACAUGUAGCAUCUGAUCUUUUGAUUGGCGGGAGUCGGAUGUACCACCUUCUACCAUAGUCACACCGCCGCAUUGAUGUGCAUGACAGUCAUGAAAUGGCACACACGAUCGUGAUUUCCAACACAGGAGUCACAUCGCGCAAAUGAUGCUUUCGAAUAAAGAGUGGAGGACUUCCAGUGUCUAAAGUGUUAUCUAACAAGAGAAGAGUUGAGUAACAUCUACAUAUAAAACAAAAUUAUACAUCGCACAACAUCGAUAAAAUGGGGAAUGUGAAAGGACUAUGUACACUUUAGGUCAGUAUAUAACAUCGAGAGCGAUAAGACCCAGCUAAACGUUA